AUGUCUGAUCAAGACUUUCUUCCAAGUAAAUACAGUGAGUUGAGAAGUAUCUAUGAAUAUUAUAUAGAUUCAUAUAAUGAAUUGUAUCAGCUAAAAACUAUAAAAGAAGAAGAAUUACGCCAAAUUUACAAUUUGAUCAAAAUAGAAUUGAUCGAUUCAAAGAUAUAUCCUUCCAAAAAGAUUAUAAAAGACAUUUUUUAUAUUAUUCCAUAUAAUAAUCGUUACACAAAGUCAUAUUUAUCACUUACCAAACUCAUUUGUGAUGAUUAUCAUGUGGAAGAGGUCAAAGAUAUUCCAACUAUCUCUAACUACAUGUUCUAUAAAGAAUAUGGGAUCAUUUUAGACAAAUCUGAAGAUUUCGAAAAAAUUAAAUUUAUGAAUAUAGAUAUUCAUUCAGAGAACACAAUUUACAAAGCAAUUAUGCAUAAUGAUCUAGAAAGAUUCAUUACAUUUACAGAAAUCGAAGGAUUUAAUAAAGAUAAAAAACUGCGAAGCGAUUUAUAUCCAUAUUUUAUUAAGGGAUAUUCUUUACUUGAAUUAUGUUGUUAUCACGGAUCAGUUGAUUGUUUCAAGUUAUUAAGAUCUAAAUUUAACUCAGAAAUAACUCAAAAAUGCCUUCAAUUUUCAUUUUUAGGAGGGAAUCCAGAGAUCAUGAGUGAAUGUUUGAAACAUCAAACACCAGAUGAAUUUUGCAUGAAAUAUGCAAUUAUUUCACACAACAUUGAUUUUGUUACAUUCUUGCUGAAUGAAUAUAAUAUUCAAAUUGAUUUAGAAUGCUGUGGCGAAUAUAACAAUAUUGAAUCAUUUUUAGUUUCUUUUGAUCAAACUUAUGAUCUUAACAAAUUCUUUGUUUAUUCUACAAUAUUUAAUAUUUCAUCACUUUGUGAAUAUUUCCUUUUGAAUGGUGCAAACAUCAAUGCGAAAAAUAUAGAUGGGAAAACAGCUCUUCAUAUUGCUACAUCUAAAAUUAACAAUAAUAAAGAAAUAGUUGAACUUCUUCUUUCACAUGGUGCAAAUAUCAAUGAAAAAGAUAAUUAUGGGGCAACUGCUCUUCACAAAGCAGGAUACAAUAAUAAUAAAGAAAUAGUUGAACUUCUUCUCUCAAAUGGUGCAAAUAUUGAUGAGAAAAAUAGUUUUGGAAGAACAACUCUUCAUAAUGCAGCAUGCUAUAAUUGUCAAGAAAUAGCUAAACUUCUACUGUCACAUGGAGCAAAUAUCAAUGCUAGAGAUAAUGAUGGAAGAACCCCUCUUCAUUAUGCUACAGACAGUAAUAGAAAGGAAUUUGUUAAAUUACUUCUUUCUCAAGGGGCAAACAUCAAUGAAAAAGAUCUAAAUGAAAGAACCGCUCUUCAUAUUGCGGCGGCUAAUUGUAGUAAAGAAAUAGUUGAACUUCUUCUUUCAUAUGAUGCUAAAAUCGAUGAAAAAGAUAAAAACGGAAGAACUGCUCUUCAUAUUGCGACGAAGAAUUGUAGUAAAGAUAUAAUUGAACUUCUUCUUUCAUAUGAUGCAAAUAUCAAUGAAAAAGAUAAAUCGAUGGAAAAUAAAUGCGGAAAUACAGGACUAGAAAUGGCUAAGUGA